AUAUAUGUAUUGGUCGGAAAAGCAAUCUGGGCGUUCCGCAGUAGCUUCCACAUACCACUCAAAGGAGUUUUCUCUGGAAUCAUACACAAGGAAUUGAUAACCUGAUCGCCGAUUAUUCUAAGGACUCUUUUCUCUUCCACAACCAUCAGCAAGGUACUCUCUCACUUUGAGGCGGCCAACUCCCAACGCCCCGAAAAUCAUGCAACGUACUCUGUUAUCAUACCAGCGCGAUAGCCACUUGUCCACUCUCCUAGUCGCUGUUGAAGCUGUAAAGACCUUUGCAUCCCUUGCGUCCGCUGACAAGGACCUUUUCAAGCAUGCCGCAGACGAUGAUCACGUCGUCAUCACCGAUGCUACCGUGUUCCAUCCUCAAGGCGGUGGCCAGCCUUCUGAUCGGGGUGUCAUGGAAAACGGGUUGGGGGAUAAGUUCCAUGUGCAGAUGGUGCGCAUGGCUGCGACUCAACCGCGGCAAGUGUUGCAUUGCGGACGCUUCGCCAAACCAUCAGCGGUUUUCCAGCCAGGCCACAAGGUCACCCAGGCUAUCGAUACAGAGUAUCGCCUGCUAUGUUCACGCUAUCACACAGCAGGUCAUGUUCUAGGAUCAGCGGUUCGACAUCUUCUUGAGGGGAGAAUUGAGGGCUUUGACGAGACCAAGGCAUCACACUUUCCCGACUCGGCAUCGUGCGACUUUCUAGGUUCAAUCCAAGGCAAAUGGAAGGAUGAAAUUCAGGAGAAGGUUGAUGCCUACGUGGAAAAGAACAUGCCAGUAGAAGUACGCUGGUGGGACGAGGAGGAUUUCAAAGCAAAUGGCAUGGAGAAACUCAUCCCGGACCGCAAGGUUUUGGGGAUGGAUAACACAGAGAAGUUUCGCGUGGUUACCAUCGUCGGUGCCGCGACCUAUCCUUGUGGCGGCACCCACGUCGACAGCACUAAAUUGUGCGGCAAAACGACCGUGAAGAAGAUCAGUCGGUCAAAGGGCACCAGUAGAGUCAGCUAUCAUGUGGCAGAAUCAGAUGGAAACAGAAGAGGUUGAUGAGGGAAAAUUACAUUGGCGCCAUGCGCCUUUGCGUCCAUAUACUUUGCGUUAUACCAGGGCCCGGCAACCGAGGCUCGCAUAGGCAUAACUCUACCACUGAGCACUCAAUUUGUUGUUUCUCGAUAUACAUUGGUUAGAAGGACGGGGAUGGUCGAAAAGUGGGGACUUUGACUUACGACAUAGGUAGGAUGAAUCUCUCAUGCUCUGGGAGUCUGAGCAGUUCAAACUAAGUCCAAUAACCACCCUCUCCCACUAGCUCACACGCCUAAAUCAAACUGACAUGAGCUGCUGGCCACCAUAAUGCAGUCCUAUUUCCUGACCCAUCAAGAACACAUUCAAGUGCGUUCAUCCCAGGUACUCAGUCCUCGACUCAGGCUCGCUUCAGUCUUGUAGUGGCAACAGCUCAGGUCAGACGCCCAAGAAUGGUAGGGUGGGUCGAUGUGAGUGUUGUUGUUAUACAAGUGUCUAACUUUCUAUGUUAAUUAGAAGAGUG